GAACACCCGCCUGGUGUGAGAGUCCAGUGCUGUUAUUGUGCCUGGUGAAGCAGAAGCGCAUUCCGGCGUACACACGGCGGCAGCAUGUCUGAUCAGGAAGCAAAACCCUCAAGUGAAGAUUUAGGGGACAAGAAAGAUGGAGGGGAUUAUAUUAAACUCAAAGUAAUUGGACAGGACAGCAGUGAAAUUCACUUCAAGGUAAAGAUGACAACGCAUCUGAAAAAGCUGAAAGAGUCAUAUUGUCAGAGACAGGGUGUUCCUAUGAAUUCACUCAGGUUUCUGUUUGAAGGGCAUAGGAUCUCAGACCACCAAACUCCUAAAGAGCUUGGUAUGGAAGAGGAAGAUGUUAUUGAAGUUUAUCAGGAACAGACUGGGGGUCAUUCAUCGUUUUAAAACUUUUAUGUAAAUUUUCCCGUUUUACUUUUGUGAGGACCUACUCUGGAAUCCACAUCGUGAAUUCACUUAGUGAUGAGGAGAUCAGUAGCCGGGGACUUAAGAUGAAAAUGUAAAAAAAUAAAUUUUUGGAUUAGUUUCUUAUCAAACAAUAAUGAACAUGACCCCCUUUAUUGUCAUUGUUCCAACGCCGGCCUAGCAGAAAUAGGAAUUGUGUUUUUCUAGAUACAAGUGGUCAUGCAAUACAACCCGUUAUGGAAAUAAUGUUUGGUGUAUCUUUUUAUUUUUGUGGGGCUUGGGUUUUAAUAAAAAGGGGAAAAAAAGUAUAUUACAAAAAAA